AUGCAUUUCUUUUUGGUGAAUGUGUUACAGAGUGCGACCUACAUCCUGAUCAUGGUGGAUCCCGAUGCCCCUAGCAGGUCUUCGCCCCAAGCUCGGUUCUGGAGACAUUGGCUGGUGACAAAUAUCAAAGGCGCUGACUUGAAGAAAGGGGAGAUAAAGGGCCAGGAGUUAUCAGCCUACCAGCCUCCUACCCCACCACCCCUCAGUGGCUUCCAUCGCUACCAGUUCUCCGUCUAUCAGCAGGAAGGAAAGGCCAUCUCUCUGCUUCCAGAAGAAAGCGCAGGCCGAGGUAAGGCCUCCCCAUCCUUCAAGGCCAGGGUGAAUUCUGGGAUGGAUCAGAUACUCCAUUAA